CAAAAAUGGCAGGAGGAAGCAGCAACUACUGGGAAGAUUUGCGAAAGCAGGCCAGGCAGCUGGAGAAUGAGCUGGACCUGAAGCUGGUGUCCUUCAGUAAACUGUGUACCAGCUACAGCAGCUCCAGAGAUGGCCGUCGAGGAGACAGUAACUCGGAUACUACUCCCCUCCUCAACAACUCGACACAGGAUAGAAUGUUUGAGACCAUGUCUGUGGAGAUUGAACAGCUGCUGGCCAAACUCACGGGUGUGAACGACAAGAUGGCGGAGUACACCAGCACCCCAGGUGUGACGUCCCUCAACGCAGCCCUGAUGCACACGCUCCAGAGACACAGAGACAUUCUGCAGGACUACACUCACGAAUUCCACAAAACCAAAGCCAACUUCCUUGCCAUCCGGGAGAGAGAAGAUUUGCUGGGGUCUGUCCGGAAAGACAUUGAGACAUACAAGAGUGGCUCAGGAGUAAACAACAGAAGAACGGAACUGUUUCUGAAGGAGCAUGACCACCUGAGAAACUCAGACCGGCUGAUGGAUGACACAAUAAGUAUUGCCAUGGCGACCAAGGAGAACAUGACAUCCCAGAGAGGGCUGUUGAAGUCCAUACACAGCAGGGUCAACACUCUGGCCAAUCGUUUCCCAGCCAUCAACAACCUCAUCCAGCGAAUCAACCUGCGGAAGAGGCGGGACUCCCUAAUCCUGGGCGGAGUCAUUGGCGUCUGCACCAUCCUCCUACUGCUCUACGCCUUCCACUGAUGACGGACAGAGCGGUCGAACAAUCGUUACUCUGCGUUUGUAACAUCAGAAUCAGAACUCUGGAGAAUGGGCUUGAGUGAUUGGAGGCUACUGAGCAGACGGACAGACAGACCGACACCCUCUUGGCCCAAUCGGUUAACAGGAUUGAUCAAAGCCAUCAUGGACUACCUGAUUUGUAUUUAGCAGUGAGGGAAGGAGAUGGGGAGAUGGAGCAGCAUCUUUUUUGUUUAGUUUUUCUAUCCAAAGUGAAUGUGCUGUUCAACUCUGGUUAAGGGAACGGAGACCAAAUUUACUAAUAUGACUAGAUUUUAAAGAAUUAUAUAUAAAGAACACUUGCUUCAAUGAGGAGUUAAAGGCUCUGAAGACAGAUUGCGGAUACGAAAGAGGGGGACUGUUUUGCUGUUGAUUUCUGAGGUGGAUGGAUUUUUUGUUGAAUGGUCGUUUUUUAGUGGCGGCAGAUUCAGGAGGUUUAUCAUCAUCAUGGGCUGUACAAUGUGCAUUAUUAAUAAAUUAUUAAUAUACAGUAUGUGAUACUAGGCACUUAACAUUUUAGUUUUCAGUAUUUUUUUGAACUUCGACAUGUUUUGAGAAAUUGUAUUUUUCAUUGAAGGCCAUUGAUUCAACUCUAGUGCUGCAAAUACCAUUAUUCUGUUGUGCUGCAUGGAUGACUUCAUAAUGAUGACUUCAUAAUGAUGACUUCAUAAUGAUGACUUCAUAAUCACUGUAGUACUUUAAACAAUGGCCCACAUACAGGUGUAUGGUUAAACCAGAA